GAAACUUGAGUGAUUUGAUACCAAAGACGCAAAAAUGGCAAACAACAACGAAUCGAAGACCUACAAGCAACAGGCUGGAGAAUACUACAACAAGCAAUAUGAGAGCUGGAUGCCCUGGAUCGAGGACAAGUACCUGAGCUGGUUCACCAAGGACAACAAGGCUUCAUAUGCCACGAAACGUACGUCAUCCCUUUACCCUGUUCUUUGCCCCACAAGUCACACUUCGUCCUCAUACUACCUCGUCGAAGUCUGAGCUAACACCUUAUCCAGAGAACCUUGACAAAUCCAAAGUCACUGGUAUCGAGCAAGUCGACAACCUCCAAGACGGCGUCAACGGCCUCGUAUCAGGUCAAGUAGGCAAAGGCGGUCUUGCCCAACCUCUCGGCGAUGCAAUCUCGAAAGAAGGCAUCAACCGCGCCGAACGCGGCGGCAAAGACGAGAACGGGAAGCCUAUCGAGAGCCAGGGACCGCUUGGUGGAUAUGGACAGAGCGCUGCUGACGGCGUGAAGAGUGGUGCGGGCAGUGUUGCAGGUGGUGCAAAGAGUGCCGGCGGGUACCUAGGAGGGAUGAUGGGCGGAAAGGGUGGAGAUAAGAAAUAGGUUAAGGAAAUGCUGGAAGAUCAAAGAGGAGGAAAGAUUAAUACCAUGAUACCUUUGGCGGCAUAGAUUGUUUAAUGACGGCUUACGAACUAGUAUUGGGCGUUCGAAUUGUUGUUUAUUGACCUAGUCAAUCAUAACUUUGUGUUCCGUGUCAAGGACGUUGACUGCCUGUGAUUACUGAUCAAGCUUGAUGCUGCCCAAAAUCGCUGCGCAGGCUCAUGAUAUUUGGUGUUUGACUGCCGGUUCCAUCUGAGCGAACACAACCUUGGACUUCACAACCUUGAACUUGUCGCAUCCAUGGGCUUGGAAAUGAUACCAUGCUCUGAAAUUAGACAGCGAGGAGGGAAAGUCCCGUUCUUUGAUACAGGGUGUUGCGUUGCGGCAGAAACAUUGUGGGGUUUCGUGGUUUCAACGAGGAGUAGCGCGAGA